AUGAUGAUAGAUGUACAGAGUGGAAAGAAGCUGGUGGAGAUAUUUGGGGCGAAGCUUGAGAGAAGGAAGCGAAAACAAAAUGAGAGGACUGAUUUGAUGGAUGAACUAAUGCAAAUCGAAGACGAGAAUGGGAACAAGUUGAGUGAUGAUGAAGUGGCUGAUACUAUUCUGAUGCUUGGUUUCAGAGCCCAGCCCUUUAAUAUUCCUGGGACAGCAUACCGUUAUGCCCUACAGUGUAGGAAGAAGCUGGUGGAGAUAUUUAGGGCAGAGCUUGAGAGGAGGAAGCGAAAGCAGCAUGAGUGGAGUGAUCUGAUGGAUGAAGUGAUGCAGAUCGAAAAUGAGAAUGAGAACAAGUUGAGCGAUGAUGGGGUAGUUGAUAACAUUGUGAGCCUCAUCAUGGGAAGCUUUGAAUCCAUCUCAAGUGCAUGCACUUGGGCCUUUUAUUAUCUUGCCUUGCACCCAGAUGUUCUUCGUAAACUCAGGGAGGAAAACCUGGCUUUUACCAAGAACAAGAUUGGAGAGCUCAUAGCAAGUGAAGAUGUUACAAAGAUGAAGGACACGAGCAAGGUGUUAGAAGAAACACUCAGACUGGCCAAUGUGUCAGCUUUUGUGUUUCGAUCCGGCGAUCCGGACGUCGAAUAUCAAGGUUAUGCCAUUCCGAAAGGAUGGAAAGUUAUUGUGUGGCUUCGAUACGGUUCUACAGAUUCAAGAAAUUUCGAAGAUCCAUUAUGCUUUAACCCAGAUCGAUGGAAUAAACCGGCAAGAGUGGGAGCCUUCCAAGUCUUUGGCGGGGGAUCAAGAAUAUGCGCCGCGAACAUGCUCGCCAGUAUGCAAAUUGCUCUUUUCCUGCAUCAUUUAUGUGUAGGAUACAAGUGGGAACUGAAAAAUCCAGAUGUGAAAACUACUUAUCUACCAUAUCCAAAGCCCGCAGAUGGAGUGAAGAUUGUACUCAGCAGAAUGUAG